AUGACAGAUGGUCAGAGUGCCGAUCAGGCAGCACCAGUGGGGAGUACAGCCCCAGUGGUCGGUGCUGAUACGCUUUCUCAGUUUGCUUCGCUGGUUGCUCAGAUGAUGAGCGAGACUCAGAGUAGAGCUUCUACUGUCAGAUCUGAUGACCUGGAUAGACAUUUGCAGUUGUUUUUGAGGUUGAAACCUCCGAGGUUUGAGGGCGCUGUUGAGCCCAGAGCUGCUGAAGAGUGGCUGAGGAGAGUGGAGAAGACCUUUGACGGGAUGCAGUGUCCGUCAGACAGGAAGGUACCGUUAGCAGUUUUUCUGUUAGACGGAGAGGCUGAGCACUGGUGGGACGGCCAGCAGGCAGCCAGAUUUCAGGGCAGACUGAACUCUUUGAUUACUUGGGAAGAGUUCACUGAGGUAUUCCGAGAUUGGUUUGUUCCCCCUUCUGCACGACAGCAGAUGCAGGAGAACUUUCUGAGGCUUGUUCAGGGGAGCAAGACGGUGAUGCAGUACGAGGCUGAGUUUACUGCAUUAGCCAGGUACGCUCCGCAGCUGGUUAGCACUUCUGCUGAGAGAUGUUACAGAUUUCUGAGGGGAUUGCGAAUCUCUAUAUAA